AUGACUGAUUUGGGUCCUAUGAGCUACUUUUUAGGGAUUGCGGUGACCCGUACUCCUUCUUGUUUGCUAUUUUCACAGGAAAAGUAUGCAGAGGAGAUUUUAGAGCGUGCGGAUGCAGGACCACCUUUUCGGGAUCCUACUUUGUAUUGCAGUUUAGCAGGUGCUCUUCAGUAUCUCACCUUCACUAGGCCAGAUAUUGCCUAUGCGGUACAACAGGUGUGUCUUUUUAUGCAUGAUCCCCGGGAAUCUCAUUAUGAUGCAUUGAAACGCAUUCUGCAUUAUGUUCAGGGUACCAUUGAUCAUGGCUUACAUUUAUAUCCAUCUGCUUCUCAUCGUUUGAUUACUUACACUGACGCUGACUGGGGAGGUUGUCCCGAUACCCGUCGUUCCUCAUCGGAUUAUUGCUGCUUUCUUGGGGACAACCUCAUUUCUUGGUCAUCUAAGCGUCAACAUACAUUAUCUAAAUCGAGUGCAGAAGCAGAAUAUCGAGGCGUCGCUAAUGUUGUCUUUGAGGCAUGUUGGUACCGUAAUCUCUUACUUGAGUUACAUUGCCCUCUUCGACUGGCUACUAUUGUCUAUUGUAAUGAUGUUAGUGCUACCUAUCUUUCUGGAAACCCGGUACAACACCAACGCACCAAACAUGUGGAGAUGGAUAUUCAUUUUGUUCGAGAAAAGGUUGCUUUGGGAGAAGUUCGGGUUCUACAUGUUCCUUCUAGAUAUCAGUUUGCGGACAUUUUCACGAAAGGCUUACCACGGGAGUUAUUUUUGGAUUUUAGAUCCACUCUUAGUGUACGACCUCCUCCCGCUAUGACUGCGGGGGUAUGA